UCGUGGUCCACUGCCUUCCCGUAACUGGUUCGAUCACCUUUGAUGAUUACGCCCAUAAAGUCUUCAUCCCCCACCUAAGCAGCCAGAGAAGUAGAAGAGUGGACGUUGUCUGGGACACAUACAUACCUAAUAGUCUCAAGGAGUCCACCAGGGAGAAGAGAGGCAAAGGCGUUCGACGGAAAGUAGCUGGGUAUACUAAACUACCAUCCAACUGGUUGUCUUUCCUGCGUGACCCGUUAAACAAACAAGAGUUGUUUCAGUUCCUAUCGUUGAAGGUUGCUGGACAUAACUGGCCAGAAACGAAGACAAUCCACGUUACAUCAGGUACUUCCGUGAUUUCCAUUGGCUCUGUAACCGCUAUGACAGAUUGUACUCACGAGGAGGCAGAUACGAGGGUUGUGGUCCAUAUCCUUCACGCCAUCCAAGUUGAAGAGGUGAAAACUGUCCUCGUCCGAACCGUGGAUACCGAUGUCCUACUCAUCUUGGUGGGAAAAUUUCAUGACCUGAGAGAAGUCCAGCCGGAACUUGAUCUGUGGCUUGCCUUUGGUAUGGGUCGAAACUUUCGCUUCGUCAGCGUCAACUCUAUUUGUGCUGUACUUGGUAAACCACGAUCUACUUCCCUGCCUGUAUUCCACGCAUUAACUGGAUGCGAUACCACCUCCUGCUUCUUUGGGAAAGGGAAGAAGUCAGCCUGGCAGGCAUGGGAGAUAUUUCCAGAAGUCACGCCCACAUUCGAAAUGCUUGCCAAAACGCCAUUUAUGCAGCUUACGACAGACUCGCCCCUCUUCAAACAGAUCGAGAGAUACACGGUAAUCCUGUACRAUAAGCWCAGUYCCUUAUCCGACAUCAACCUAACCCGGAUGGAGCUAUUCUGCAAGAACAGCAGAGCAAUGGACAAGCUCCCGCCUACACAGGAUGCCCUUUUGCAGCAUGUCCGGUGCACCGUUUACCAGGCCGGUAUCUGGACAGUUAGCAAUCAGCCACAGCCACCUGUGCCAUCACCAGGGCAGUUCUCGUGGUUUGAAGUUGAUGGCAAAUGGGUUCCGAAAUGGAUCACUAUUCCCGAAGUAUCCAAGGCUUGUAGUGAACUGAUUAAGUGCUCUUGCAAACGUGCCUGUACAAGAUGCAAGUGUGCCAAGGCUUCUUUGGGAUGUACCCCCCUUUGUAGAUGCCAAUGCUAACAAAGUAAUUGCAUCAAGCUUAAAUGACAAUCUGAAGAGUUUCRGCGAUCGAACAUUGUUUCCGUUAUGUAGCCCUAACUUAAUUCUAAUAAUAUAGUUAUCUCUUGUCGUUUCUAUUAGCGCUAUUUAAAAGUACAUUUGUUUCGCGAACAUAUGUCGAUCUAACAGCAGUAAUUUAGGUUCAAAAUGCGAAUUUGAGAAAGGGAACGUGAAUUGCAAUAAGCUUUGGCGAGAAGGGACUGGGAACUAGUAUAUAUCCAAAAACCUUAUGUAAUGUAUAUGCGAAGAAAUAUCCAAAAGCCUUAUGUAAUGUAUAUGCGAAGAAAUAUCCAAAAGCCUUAUGUAAUGUAUAUGCGAAGAAAUGAGUAAGCAUAAUAGUUUCAGUCAAUAAAUGUCACUACUGGCAUUUCUUGUGAGCUGUUUUACUUGAAAACUGCAAACCACCACAGGUAGCCCAAUUCGUAAUUAAGGUAAAUUUUAAAAACCCYUUAAUCCCCCUUAAUUGUGAGAAUUGCGUUGGGCUCCCCCUCUAACAUUAUUUAGUGGAUCCUAAGGAACAUCUCUGCCAAAUUUGGCGCUUUUGUCACUUAUGUAACGAUGGSACCUAUAUUUUGCCAUAAGAGACCUGACUACUACGGGUAAAAACCAUCCGAUGCUUUUUCUUCUUAGGGGGAGGGGUGGUAUUUCACUACAAUCUAGCAUGCCAUGCCAAUGACAAUCAUUGUUAUUGUAAUCCAUUCUGCAUCUCAAGACUUGUG